AGAGAGAUUGCGCAAAGCAUCUUGGGAUUGAUAACUGACAGAACGAGCGGCCGCUCGCCCUCUAGGAUAUUGUUUGCAAUUUGUUUUUAUUUAUACGGUGGUCUUUUGGCGCUGUGAGAAGUGGUUAUGUCAAUUCUUCUUUGCGCCAGAUUCCGUGCGGAUGUUUAAGCAUGCGUUUCAAUAAAACUGCGCUUCUCUGAUUCAAGGAUAAUGGAAUAUUAUUAAUUUGUGCAACAUAUCGGGAAUUUAUUAAUCAUUUAUCCUUUUGGUGAGGUUAUGUUAAGGUUUAUCAAAAUAAACUGGAUUUCAUAAAUGCGUCAAUAAUAAUUUGUCGCCAAUGGAGGCGCAAUCGCCACAGUUUACAGGUGUUCCUUGCGGUCAGUAUAAAUCUCACACCUUUUACAGUGGAUUCAAAUACAGCAACAAACAAGGAAAGUGUAAAAAUUUGAAAUUGGGUGAUUUUUUCUUUGUGAGGAUUUCUGCAGAAGAAGAUCCUUGCAUUGGUGAACUACAGUUAUUGUGUUCUAAUAGGAAUAAUGACCAACAGUUGUCGGCGCUUAGGUUAUAUUUUUUACCGGAGCAAACUCCGGAAGGACGACUAGCUCAUCAUGGGGAGGAUGAAGUUUUGGUCGCUUCAGACCGUGUCGUGUUGAAAUUAGAUGAUCUCGUGAGUUGGAUCACGGAAGAAGUCGAAUGGAAUCACGGAAUCGUCGCUCCCCGACCUGAAAGUUCAGCACCCUCUCCCCCAUCAUCGGCCCCAUCUGAAGUAUCCAGCGAUGACACCAUAGUCAUCAAAAAAGAAGAAAAAGACGAGCAAUUCAACGACGACAACAAUAAUGACACUUCUUCUUCCACGCUACCUUCGCGGAAUUCCACAGAAACUGAAAGCAAUCCCGCUGUUGACGAAGGGGAUUGCGACAAGAAAAAAGCAACCGAUGUGAAAGAGGAAAAUGUUAGGGAUAUUGCCACUCAAGAUGAUGAAUCAAAGGAUACAAAAGUUCUUGUAUUAUCAUAUCAAUCAUACUGCCGAUAUCGGACCAUUUUACGACGUCUUGAUGGCGGAGAUCCCAAUGAAUGGUUGCAAAAUGACAUGGUCCUUGCUUUGGGUGGCUUUGCCCCUCCGAGUAACAAGACACAUGUUUUAUUCUGCAGAGACAUGUUUGAACAUGAUGAGCUUGCCCACCAUGAACUUAACUGUGAAUACUUAGCCCCAGUACUGAAAGCCAAACGUAAAAAGAAAAAGCCAAAGAAUGCCAGGAGCACUUCACCUGAAUCCAUAGCUUCUGAAGAAAUCAAAGAUCUCAUUAAGAAUAAUCAAAAGGCCAAUGGUUUGAAGCAACCACCAGUCAAAAAUGAGCAAGAAUUCCUGCAGAGGUUGUUUAAAUUUAUGAAAAAGAGGAAUACUCCAAUUCAUAGAGUACCUCAUUUAGGAUUUAAGCAAAUUGACCUGUAUGUAUUCUACUCUUUUGCACAAAAACUUGGUGGUUAUGAUAAUAUAACAGGCAAGAAGUUAUGGAAACAUGUGUAUGAUGAGCUUGGCGGCAAUCCAGGAAGUACCAGUGCCGCAACAUGCACUAGAAGGCAUUAUGAGCGACUAUUACUACCAUUUGAACGGUUCAUGGCAGGCAUAGUGUAUAAACCGGCUCAGCGAGGAAAGAAGUCUGUGAAGAAAUCUGUCACAGAAGAAGAAAAGACAGAUGGCGUUCAAGUCAAAACUGAACCAGCGUCUGAUACAGCAAAUGAAACUAAUGCAAAUCCUGUGUCAACAGAAGUGGAAGAUGCUUACGCAUUUACAGAUUCCAACCAAGAAAAUAGCAAUAGCAAAGAUAGCAAUUCCAAUGAAUUUAAUUCUGCUUGUGAGGAGUUGCCGUUGGCUAAUGAGCCUGUGUUUUCAGAUGAGGACAGCAAAACAAUAUGGAGUAUACAAAAGCAGCCAGAUGCUAAGGAUGAUGUUGAUAAAGAUGAUAAUAAGGCAAUUAAACCCCUUAUUAUUCAAAAGGGUCAAGGCGAAACAUUUGCAGAAAAAGAACGAAAAUGGGAUGAAAUCCGCAGAAAAAAUGCUGCAGAAAGAAAAUGGGUCCGCCAAUCUCGUUCAUCUUCUCGUGGAUGCAAAACACCUGUUCCUGAUGGUUCCCCUGCUAAUCAGGAUAAAGUUGCUGGAGACUCUGUGAAGUCAGAAGACAUGUUGUCACAACCACCCUUAAUCAAAUCUGAAACUAUUGAACCUAUAGUUGAAAAAAAUAUACCUGCUCUCUCUACCCCUCCUAAACUAACUGUAAAUAAUGAAAUAAGUCACACCUCUCAUUCCAAUAAGCUCAGUUCAUCUAAGUUCCUUCCUCCAAAUGGAAAUCCAAGUGUAAAAGUUAAAAAUGAGCCAAAGAAACGUGGAGCCAACAAAGAAACAUCAGCAGGCACUCCAAACUCGAAAAAAUUCUCACCGCCUUCCAGUAAAACAGGUUACCAGGAUAAUCGUGCUAAAUCAUGGUGCAAUUAUCCCAUUAAUCCGGAUCAGCCACAUUAUCAAUCAACUGCAUAUCCUGGAAUGGAUAACUACGUACCUGCUCAUUUAAGAGGGCAAGCCCCAACUUAUUACAAGGUUGGGUCACGCUCUGAACCAGAUAUUACACGUGACCAUUUGAUGCAUUCGGGUAGGCUGUCUGUCGGCUCUAUGUCCGCUUCUAGUGUGGUUUCGGCUGAAGCCUCUGCAACAGAUGAGAAACUCACUGUGCCUCAGAGGAGGCCAUCAGUCAUACAACAUACUGAGUAUGCAGCUACCUCUCCAUCUCCUUCACUUUCACCCAAACAAUCCAAUCCAGAAAUAAAUCAAAACGUUGGUCCAAAAGAGGGAUUAAUGAACGUUCCCUUCUCAAGUCCAAAAAUGAAUCUCCUCCCAAAUCAGCCAGGCUACUCUACAACUGGCAAGGUUGCUGAAUGGUUGACAAAAGGAGUGCAUGAAGUGGUCGCUUGUAAAACACCAACCACUGCCAUUGAAAAGACUAUGGAACUUCAUGAUAAAGUUAUGAUGCCUUCCAGUUGUAAGACACCUGGGGCUGUUGGAACCAGCAAGGUGCCAGUAAAUAAUGUAAAAGGAAAGCACUCCAGUACGACAAACAGUUCAAAGUCCCCUCGAUCAAAGUACUCGAGUUCUCACCGCCAUCGAAAUUCUGACAGCACAAAUGGGAAUUUCAAUCCUCAAUCUAGAGCCAGUAUGGCACAUCAAAAAUCACUCCAUCCAUCCCCCGUUGCAUACAACAACUCUGUGAUGUCGAACGCAAGUGGUAUUCCGAAAGGUGCUGCAAAAUACCAUCAUCAAACUAUUCAUUCUAACAUGAAACAAGAGUUCUAUCCAAAUGUUCCCUAUUAUAAUCAACCAAAGCGUCACAAAAUCAACAAUAUAGUACCAACCAUGUUACCCCCUGUCAAUCCCAGUCCCUCACCAUCACCAUUUGUAAGACAACAAACAUAUGUCACACCACCCAUGAGUGAUUUACCCAAGACGACAGCUUCUACGCACAAUGACUAUGAAUAUGCUGUCCUCGAUCUUAGUGUUAAGAAGAAGUCCAUUCCAGCUCCUAGACCUCGGACACCACCCCCACCUGUGCCCCUGAUAACUUCCAUACCAGAAGAAGGUGUAUGCCUGGAUUUGUCUGUGAAAAAGAAAUCCAAUGCGAGCACGGACAAUGGAAUCGAAAACAUCACGCCACCCCUUCCCUUAUCUCCAAACCCCUCGUCUCAACAAACUACUUCAUACAUGCAUUCAUCUCUUAAACCAUUACCCACUCUUCUGGCUCUUCAAGAUUUAGCUGCCGAAGAGGCGUUGCGACGUAACUAUUCAUCUGAUAGAAGAAGCGUACCCCCAGUUAUGUCCACACCUCCAGUAUCUGGGCCCCCUAUUGGAAUGCCCCCAGCUACUAUGUUUCCUGGAAGCACGCACAGUAAAAUGCCACCAGGCCUUAUGAAUUCUAUUCCACCCGGAUCGUACUCCAAAGACAUUGCCAAAAAUAUGUACAUGCCCAGCAAUGCACGCCAUUCACAGUUCUCCCCUUAUGUGAUACCCCCAUUUUUCCCAUCUAAUUGGCCUUCAGUUGUGAAUACGUCAUCUCCGAGUGUAAAACAAACAAACAGUAAUUCUCAAACUAGUCCAAUGGGUUAUAAAGGUAUGGUCAAUCAUAGUGUCUUCCCAAAAGAUUACCCAUAUAAUGUUAAAUCGCAAUAUCAUCCUGUGCUUUGUAAAGAUAGUGGACGUUAUCCAUCCAAUGGUAAAUGAUUGUUUGCAUUUGUCAAGUGUUACUUUUAGAGCUUUUAUUAUAGUGUUUGUAAAUUUAAGAGUUUGCAUGAUGUAUAUUAUUCAAAAUUACUAAAUUAUUUACUCAUACACAAAAAGCAGCAUUCAUAAGUUUUUACCUGUAGCCUUACGAGGCUUCUUUCCAUUAUAUAAUUUUUAAUACCUCCUGGAAAAGGGGGGCUCUUAAAAUUCUGAAGAACUGGACUGUAGGACCCAUAUCACUGAAUUUUACCUGAUGUAUACUUAAAUUACUUUAUUUGUAAGUUGUAAUACAAAUAGACAAGUUUUUGUUUAAUGCUUGAUAUGAUGAGAAUUUUUUAUAAAAUAAGUUAUAUUAUAAGAAUUUUUAUUACUCAAAAUUAUAUCUAAAAUGCAAUAGAUAUUUAUUUCAAUACAUGAAAUUUAGAUUAUUUUAUAACUAAAUAUUUCUUAAACUGUUCUCUUAUAACAUAUCACUUACCCGAUUAACCUGUAAAAAGUUAAAUUUUUUUUUUAACUGUUAAAAAUUAUUGCAAAAUGAUUUUUUGUAUUUUGUUGGACAAUAGCAUGUGGGUUUAAAAGUAAUUUUAAUGGCUAUACUUUCUGUAGUAUCUACAAAAAUGUUAUCAAUAACAAGUUUAAAAAAAUAGGAUUUGGUGAAAUUUAACAAUACGAUUUUAAACUAUUGUAUUGCUAGAUU